CGCUGGAACCAGGAAGGCGGUGAGCUUAAACUGAAGCAAGUUCGGAGGACGCCGGCGGCGCCCAGAUUUGAAGGAACGUUUCUAGGUCUGUGGAGCCUGCAAGUCAACGCGAGGCCUGAGACCGAAGGCCCGGACCCAGAAAUGGGACGCCGGUCAUCAGAUACUGAAGAAGAAAGCAGAAGCAAGAGAAAAAAGAAACACCGUAGACGGUCAUCUUCAAGUAGUUCUUCAGAUAGUAGAACAUAUAGCCGAAAGAAAGGUGGAAGGAAAUCAAGGUCAAAGUCAAGAUCUUGGUCCAGAGAUCUUCAGCCUCGCUCUCAUUCAUAUGAUAGAAGACGCAGGCAUCGAUCAAGCAGUAGCUCUUCGUAUGGCUCUCGAAGAAAACGAAGUCGAAGUCGUUCAAGGGGUCGAGGGAAAUCCUAUAGAGUUCAGAGAUCUAGGUCAAAAAGCAGAACAAGAAGGUCUAGGUCAAGACCUCGUCCACGUUCUCAUAGUCGAAGCAGUGAAAGGUCCAGUCACCGAAGAACUCGUAGUCGGUCUCGGGAUAGAGAAAGACGUAAAGGCAGAGAUAAGGAGAAAAGAGAAAAAGAGAAGGAUAAAUGCAAGGACAAGGAAUUACACAACAUCAAACGUGGGGAAUCCGGAAACAUCAAAGCUGGAUUAGAACAUCUGCCACCAGCCGAACAGGCCAAAGCCAGACUACAGCUGGUUCUUGAAGCUGCUGGUAAGUGCUCAUGAUUAACUUUAUUUAAAUGAAAACGUACUAAAUAAAUACUGACGUGCUUACAGGUGGGUCAAAGAAAAAAACACCUGUUUUCAUAUGUCCUCAUAAAUUUGUGAAAUCUGGGUUAUAUGUAUGGCCAUAUUUUAUAUGAAGUAUCGACUACUGUAUGGAGUAUAAUGCUAAAAGGUCAUUCUUUAUAUUUUUACUUAUAAAAUUGACUUUAAUAUUAGUUUCAGUUUUGAGGCAGUUCAAUUUAUUGAUUUUUGUCUUCUGUGGACUGUGCUUUUGGUGGCAUGUUUAAGAAUUCUUCCUUAGCCCCACAUCACAAAACAUCCUCCUGUGUUUUCUUCUAAAAGUUUUAUACUUUUACAUUUAAGACUAUGAUCUAUUUUGGUUUAACUUUUGUACAAAGUGGGAGUUUUAGAUCAAGGUUUUCAUUGUUGAGGAAAACAAGAUAAGUAUAAUUUAGUAAUUACUCCAGUUCCAUUGGACUAACUCAAUGAACUGUUCUGGAUACCAUCUAAUGUUAAAAUACUGUAUGUCUUAUUUUUCAAUGAUACAAUAAUGCUUUGACUUUGAUUUUAUACAUAAUCCUCAGAUUCAUGUAGACAUUAAAUAUUUUACCUUCUUAAAAAAUGUAAAAGAUUAAUGUUAUCUUUUCUAAGUACUGAUAUUAUUUUGAAUCUUAACAUGCUUUUCAAAAUGUAUGUUACAUAUUUAAACAAGUUGUCAAGAGUAAGCAUGAGGUAGGAUUAGAAUGAUAUAACCAAAGUAGUACAUAUUUGUUAUAAUUAUUUCCUUUUUAAAGAUCUGUAAAGAGUGUAUAAUUUCCAAUUGGAAAAUGAGAAUUCUAUUUUAACAUAAAAGUAAUUUCAGACUACCAACCAAAUAAUAGUAGUUGUAUUUUUAGUAUUCAUUGAUUGAGAAAAUACAUAUGUGCAUAUUGAUUCAGGGAUUUCUUGCAUUAGCCCCAGAGUGUCUACAGUCUAAAGAUUGGGAACACAUGAUAUACUAGCUUCUUAAAUCACUAAUAGAAGUAACUUAUAAUAAAAGGAUAAAACUUAAUAAUAUUUGUGAGUCUUUAUAACUCUCCAUAUUACUUUAAAAGUCAUUCAGGGACACCCGGUUGGCUCAGUCAGUUAAGCGUCCGACUUCAGCCCAGGUCAUAAUCUCACAGUUCAUGGGUUCGAGCCCCACGUCAGGCUCUGUGCUGACAGCUCUGAGCCUGGAGUCUGCUUUGGAUUCUGUGUCUCCCCCUCUCUUUGCCCCUCCCUUGCUCACACUCUGUCUCUCUCAAAAAUAAAUAAACAUUAAAAAAAAAAUGAAGGGAGGGGAGCCUGGGUGGCUCAGUUGGUUAAGCAGCUGACUUUUAGUUCAGGUCAUGAUCUCACAGUUUGUGGGUUCAAGCCCCACCUGGGGCUCUGUGCUGACAGCUCAGAGCCUGGAGCCUGCUUUGGAGUCUGUCCCUCUCUCUCUCUGCCCCUCCCCUGCUCGCACUCUGUCUCCCCCUCAAAAAUAAAUAAACAUUAAAAUAAUUUUUUUAAUAUUAAGUCAUUUAUAUUUUAUGUAUUAAUCGUACUCAUUUUAUCUUUAAUUAUGUGGAAAUUACAGUUUCUACAUAGUAUUAUAAUUUUGCUUGCUAUCUGGUUUUUCAUAUAUGCUGUAAGAUUAAGCUAGUUAAUAUGAUUCUCUAUCAUUUACAUAAUAUACAUUGAUUCUUUAAUUCUUUAGUAGCAUUUUGCUUUGAAAAAUUACUGCCAGUUCAUAAUUUGAGUAUGGACAAACUUCUGCUUUAAAGACAAUAUUUAUGGUGCUUAGUUCAGAAAAUAUUUGUUUCCAUUAAUACAACUAUAAAGAAUUUCAUUUCAUAGUUUUGUACAGUUAUCUUUAUCUUGUAAUAGGAUUUUGAAGCCUAUUAUAAAACAGAUCUUAGGGUCCAAACUUCAUAGUGUUGAACUUACUUAUAUUGGUCCCAGCUGUCACCCCACAUAUUUUAAUUUAACUUUCUAAAUUCUUUUUUCUUUUUUUUUUAAAUUUUUUUUUUUCAACGUUUAUUUAUUUUUGGGACAGAGAGAGACAGAGCAUGAACGGGGGAGGGGCAGAGAGAGAGGGAGACACAGAAUCGGAAACAGGCUCCAGGCUCUGAGCCAUCAGCCCAGAGCCCGACGCGGGGCUCGAACUCCCGGACCGCGAGAUCGUGACCUGGCUGAAGUCGGACGCUUAACCGACUGCGCCACCCAGGCGCCCCUCUAAAUUCUAUUUUCGAUAAAGAGUUAGGUUGCGUGAAUUUGAGAAACAUUAAAAAUAUUAUGACAAUUUACAAAUUUAAAAAACCUACAUUAGUCUGGAUAAGCAAUGCAUUAGCUAGAUGUAGCAUUAUUUACUUAAUAAUUUUCUUCUGUACUUAAUAACGUGUUGUCCCCAACGUUUCCCUCUUAUCAAUAACACUGUGGUACACAUCCUGUUACAAAUUGUGUUUUAUAUAUUUUAGAUAGGUUUCUUGGGAUUGAUUACUAUAGAAAUGAGUUUAUAAGGUUAGAGGGUAUUAAUAUUUAGACUGGCUUUUUAUGCAUUUUUGCUUUUAUAAAAGGACUGUGCUACUUUAUGUUUCCACUGAUUAAGUAAACUUGGCCUUUUGAUGCCAAUUCUAUGAAUAUAUUGCUUUAUAAUAUGAUAUAACAUAUUAUACCCCUUUGAGAAACAUCCAGUAUUGCUUUUAAUGAGAACUUGUGGCCUUGAAGAGGGGAAGUAGAUAGAUGGAUAGGAGAGGAGCAUAUAAGGAAAUCUAGAACUUACUAUCAAAGUUCUAGAUUUCCUUCAGUGAAGAAUUUAAGGUGUUCACUGUAUUACUUACAAAGCAAGCAAAUAAAUAAAAUAAAGGAAGGGGGAAUAAGACCAACUUGAGCUCAUUCCGGAAAUCUUGCAGUUAAAAUCCAGCCUAGUCCUAAGAGUGAGGUUCCCGGACAGGAAGGGCUGGUAGCACCCAUUUUGUCACAUUGAAGUUUACUUGAGUUCUCAGGGAAAACAUCCUUGACUUUGGGGCCAUAAAAUCGAGUACAAGAAAAGACUUAAGGCUGUAUGUUAGAUUCUUGAGACAGGAUUCAUUUCAGCUUUAUAAUUACUAUAGUCUGGUAGAUAAGGUUGGUCUAUAAAGAAGUCCUGCUGUGCUUAGUCCUUUAUUCUAACUAUAGGUCCCAGAAAAUGCAAUAUGUAACCAUUGCAUUGUCAUUGAUUUAUGAGUGAAUGUUAAUAAUGUUAUUGGUUUGGAAUUAAAAUAUGUUUAGAACAUUUGGCAACAAUUACUGGUGGUAUGAUUUUGAAAGACAUAUGUAUGAGUAAAAAUAAUAUUUAAGCAAAAUGUAAGGUAUCAUGCAUGUUUGGUUUAUACCACACGUGAAUUUGAAGUCACAGAUUUUAUUGUAUUUGUUACGACCAUAUUUUUAUACAUUAAACCAUAUAUUUGUACUUUGUUAUGCUAAAUCUUCAGAUUUAGAUAGAAUCGUUUCUCAUGUCUAUUACUAAAUUGCAGUUAAAACCAACUUUCGUGUCUGUUGUUUAACGUUUAGUUCAGAGGUGAUGUGAAGUUAAGGUUUUAUCUAAGAUUGCUUUUUUGUCAUUUUCAAAUGGCAGUAGGACACAGAAGAUUGCAGAAUUGUAUAAAUUUGUAAGAUUCAAUCUUUAAGUUAUAACCUCAGCUCAUGGCUUACCUGUGAUAUUGAGUCAAUCCUAUUAACCCUUUGCUUUCUUCCUUUCCUUUUUAAAAAUGCUUUUACCAUUCUCUCACUUUAUUAAGAUACAAAACUUUGAAAUUUUUACCUUUGACUUCUUACUAGGCAAUCAUUCACCUAGAAUGAAUGAUCUUAUUUUGAAACAUUUUUUAUAUGUAUCCCUGUAUUAUCUUUCCCACUGCCAUCUCCUUAGUCUAGAUGCCAAAGUUACCAGCCAGAGGUUAAUCCCUAACUUCCCAAUGGUCUCUUCAGUUCUCUUCUCCAGAGAUGGUAGCGAAUAGUGGAAGAGUUCUAAGCCUACUCGUACUACUUACCUUGAGCAGUUUGUGAGCAGUUUGAUGUUUAUUGGUUCUACAAAACAUAGUUUAAAAACAAGAAAUGGAACAUGACAGACGUGUGUAUUUUCUAGUUUGCCAUAGUUCUCUAUUUUU